AUGCAAAUAAGUGUAAAGCCCCCUCUGGAAUAUCUUCAAGAGCCUGAUAGCUAAGCUUAAUAACAGAAAUAAUAAAGCAUUUUUAAUAGUUUGAUUGGUAAAAGCACAAACAAAAAAAAUAGGGUGCUAAUUUUCUUAUGUGUAUAGAUAAUUUGUUUCAUACUAACAGCAUUGAUUUUAGCUUUUUUGUAUAUAUUUCUUAGCAAGAAUUUUAUAAUUGGAUUUUAUUAUCUACCUUUAGUAAUAAUUUACUGCAUUCCCCUUCUAUUUAUCUAUGUCUGCUCAAGUGAAAUCAACUUGGUUUUUGUAAUUUAGGUAAUCUCAAUAUGCUCUCUUUUUAUCUAUAUGACGGUAUUUAUUUUGAUAUAUGUUGGAGUAUUUUAGACAAUAUUUAAUUACAGAUUUGAUAGAUUUUAAUAAAAUUGCACAAUAGAAGGUGUUAAAACUAUAAAUUUGCAUUCAAAUGAAAAAUAUAGCAUUAUUUAUGUUAAAUUUUAAGACGCAACUGGUUCUGUAUAAUAUGGGUAAGCAUGUGCUAGCAAUAACAUUUACAGUUCUCUAUUUGACACUAAUAUCUAACCUUAUCGUUUUGUUCCCUAUAAUGAUACUUACUAUCCUUUAAAUUAUGAUUAAUAAGCUCAAAGAUAUACAUUUUCAUAAGCCAAAAUUCCGAGUUGGUUUUGCAUGCAAGAUGCAUAAUUAUAGAGUAUUUUAAAGUCAAAUGAUAAUGAUUAGUUUGUAUUUCCUGUAUGUAGGGUUAACUUAUAUAAAUAAUAAGUGAGUUACACAUACUAAAAAGGAGUUUCAGAUAUACAAAAAGAUGAUAAUUUUUUUAUUGUUUCUCUUUCAUAGUAAGACCCUUAUUUUAAUUAAGCUCUCUUUGUGAUUUUAAUUAUUUUAGCAUAUCAACCUUUGACUCUUUAUUCUCCACAAUUUAUUGCUUUGUAUAUAAUUAUUAAAGUUAGUUAAAUGUAAAUAUUCAGAAACAGAUAAAAUAAAUAAAAAUAAUUUUAGAACUCUACCAAUAGGGUUUCAAUUAUAAAUUUAUAAAAAGUAAAGGCUUAAAGUGAUAAAAUUUCAGAAAAAAUAUAAGAAAAUGAUUGCGAUUCAGAGAAAUACAGUAACUAUGAUCAAUAAAAAUAAGCAAACAUGAACACAAAGUCUAAACUAAACACAUAAACACAAACAACAGCUUAGUAGGUUAUAAUAAAUAAUAACCUCACUAAUAAUGAAAAUAUUAAUCUUAUAUUCAACAACAAUAAAAUCGAUAACCACUUUUACUUUAAUUAAAAUAAAAAAUCUAGUCCUAAUCAAUAAUCACCAAUCGUCCAAAAGUUUUUCAAAAGAUAUUCUGUUAGUUUGAAAGACGAAAAAUCUAAAAGAAAUUAGCAAAAGAACUUCUCAUCAUGCGAUAUUUCUAAUUAAUCAAUUUCUAUUAAUUAUUACCAUGAAAAUACUUUGUUUCACCUAGAAUAAUAUGAUUAACUAGAUAUACCAAAUCCACUUUUAGAUUUAGACUCAUAAAGUUCUGAAAACACAGAAAAAUAAAAGUAAUAAGAUCAGCAGAAUAAUAAUUUAAAAGAAGUCGAUGUGCAAAAUUAAAUCUGA